UAAAAAAAAGACAAGUAGUUGGCAUUGUUUUAAAUUCAGAAAAAACGGGAGCGUGGUUGCUCUGAAAGAGCGAUUUCUCCAUCCGUACACCAGAAUUUUCAGAGAGAGAGAGAGAGAGAGAGAAAGACAGAGAGAGAGAUAUGAGUGAAAUUUCGGAGCGCAGAUCGUUGUGUUUUCUUGUAUUAUUGGUUUCUGUUUGUCUACAAUUCAUUUCAGGUUUUUCUGAUGAUACCAAGAAUGAUACAAAAGUUGAGACUCAUUCUAGUUCCACUGGCAGCACUGGUUCCAUGGUGGUCAUCAUAUUUUUUGUGCUCGUGGUAGUUGCAUUGUUUUCAUUUUUCCUUUUCAAGUUGUGGCAAAAGAAGAAAAGAGAAGAGCAGUAUGCCCGCCUUUUGAAGCUGUUUGAAGAGGAUGAUGAGCUUGAGCUUGAACUUGGUCUCCGGGACUAAUCUAUGCAUCUUAAAAUUUUGAGUUUGUUGAAGUUGAGGUGCAUCACCAUCUUUUUUGUUCUUGCUCUGGAAGUUAUUUUUUCUUUGCAAAUUUGGCUUUUAUGGAAUGAUUAUAUGAAUCUAGACACUUGACAGACUAAUCUAUGCAUCGUACAGGCACUUUUGUUACA